AUGGCAUACAAGAAGUACAGGGCAGAAAAGUAUCAAUACAAAGAAUGGAUCAUCAGUGAACUGCAAGAGGAGAUAGCCAGAAUUCAGAAGAUGAUUCAAGACAAGUUAGGACCACGCCGCACACAUCACCCCGGGAACGGCGUUGUUCAUGACGUUUAUGUUUGGGCUUGGGGUUUUCCACUGGCGUGGGGGCAUUUGGAUUGUGAAGUAGGGGCUCUUGAUUGGUCAAGUGUAUCAAAUUGGAUUGAUAAGGCGGUCAGGUUAAACGUUCAUGAGCUAGAUAUAGGAAUUAACAAGCUUCAGUUGCCUUUAAGCGUGUUCACUUCCACGACACUAACAAAAUUAAGAAUAAGUCGUAAAUCUUGUCAUUACAUGGGCUGGAAGUGUCCGUCUUUUGUCAAUCUUCCUUGCUUGAAAACCCUUGACAUUGCCGGUCAUAGGAGUUCUAUAGUCAAUGUAUUUAAACUCAUUGAUGGUUGCCCAGUGCUUGAAAGUUUAUCUUUGGAAGUAACAAGGCACACCAAUAAAAAAGAUUACAUAUUCAAUAUCCCUACUUUGAAGCGACUGAAACUAACAUAUAGAUCAUGUACCAACAAUGUUAUCAACAAAGUUGUUUUACGCGUCCCUAAUCUUGAAUACUUGCUUGUUAGUGGAGUGUUGUGCUCGUAUUUUGUAAUGGAAGAUGUGUCGUCUUUGAGUAAGUUCCCAUUCACUACAUCUCUGCCGAUCUUUCCGAAUAUGAAGCACUUGGAGUUGAAAGGUUACUUGCAAGCUAGACUAAUCCCCCAGUUUCUUAGACGUUGUCCGAAGUUGAAAAGUUUGUGUAUUGAUGCUGUUAGCAAGAAACAUGAAGAAGGUUGUUGGAUUAAACCGAAGUUGGUUCCGACUUGUAUGCUAACAAACCUUACAACCAUCAAGUUUUCAAAUUGCAAUGGGCAAAAGUCUGAAGUAGAGUUUCUGGAAUACAUGUUGGGAAAUGCAAUGGUUUUAAAGACAGCAACAAUCACUUGCAACUGCUUAAGCAUAGAAGAAGAAAAACGGUUGUGUGCGGUUUUGUCAUGGUUCUCAAGGGCUUCCAGCCUUUGCAAGAUCCAUUUUCAAACGUCGAAAUUGUCUUCAUCUACGGUAUAUAGUUAG